CAGUUAGCAGGAACGCUUCUUGCAAGAUGGUUUUCUUUUGCGUGAACAUCACUCUGACAUAAACUAACAGAAAAUGGGGACUGAAGAGCCCCAAACCUCCCACAGCGGCCUCAAUAAGAGUGCCAAGACAAACCAUGAGAAGUUCCUUCCCAGGGCAGAUGUCGUAAGGUCCAAGCUCAUCCAAAAUUUUGACUUACUUGAUCUGUUUCAAGUGGAACAGAGAGGAUGUCCCAAAUAUUGUACAAAAGAUGUGUUUGACAAGGAUAAUUACAAAAGCCUGAUGGGGAAGGACACACACCAGCUUGUGCGAUUUGAGAUCUCUCCUCAGAGAGGCAACAUUGCUAUUACCAUGGACCACCGUCGCCAGGGACGACUGAAGAACUGUCAAUCCAAGUAUCCACCCUUGAACAUGUUCGCACACUGGAUUAUAGAGAGUAAAAUGUUUUCAAAUAUCAUAAUUGUCCUCAUUAUUCUGAACACUGUUGUACUGGAGAUCCAAGCAGAGAUUUUUGACAACAUGGACCCCAGUCUGCAUAUCUUGAAGCUGGUUUUGGACAUGUUGGACUGGAGCAUUCUGGCCAUCUUCUUCUUAGAGAUCUUCCUCAAGUGGAUGGACAACUUCUGGCAGUUUUGGAAAAGCACAUGGAACAUCUUUGAUUUUGUUGUUACCAUAGUGUCAGUUCUACCAGAGAUUGUGAAAGCCAUCUAUGGGCAGGAUGCGACUGGAAUGGUGUUUGUGGAGCUUCUGAGAAAGUUCCGUAUUCUCCGCACCCUGAAAAUAGUCACCAAGUUCCGACAGAUUCGUCUCAUCAUUUUAUCUGUCUCUAAAGCGUUUAAGGCAAUGAUAUUCAUUUUCAUGCUCUUGAUCGUGUUUGCCUACAUUUUUGCCGUGAUCGGAGUGAUCCUGUUUCAGACUUACACACGCUCAGAUGUUGAAGGCCUUAUCUACAACCAAUACUUCAAAGAUAUCACCAACUCCUUCAUCACACUCUUCAUCCUCUUCACCCUGGACCACUGGUACGCCCUGCUCGCUGACACCCGGAAAGUUGCCGAACUGAACCAAGCCAUCUGCGGGCUGUACAUUAUUCUCUGGCUGCUCAUUGGCUCCUUCAUAUUCCGCAACAUCUUUGUGGGGAUUAUGGUGAACAACUUCCAGGCUAUACGUCAAAAUCUGUUCAAAGAGGUCCAACAGAUUGAGAUCCAGGCUAAGGCAGAUAUGUUCAAAGCUGAGAUCAUCAACAGGAGAAAGAGCCAGUUGAAAUUAGAUGGGCAGGGCAAAAUCGCAGAAGUACCCGGACAUCUAAAGUCAAUUAAAUCUAACCUUAAUGACAAUGACUGGGAUACCUAUAUGGAAGAGAAUAUGAUGGUGAUGCAAGAACAGGAGGAGGAUGAGAAGGUCACUUGGCCCAGGGACUCACUCUUCAGGUACUUUGAGCUGAUGGAAAUGCUGCAGUACAACCUGGACGAACGCCAGAGGCUGCAGAACAUUGCAGUCCAGUCUCUGCUAAACCUGCAUGACUCUUAGGAUGCACCAACUCUGGCUCAAUUCGCCAUAUUUUUUGGAAAAUCCAAAUGAAUAUUCUAAUCAUAAUAUUCUUCCCAGUAUUUUGUGUCCAGUGUUCAUUUCAUAGCUGUUGUUCUUUGAAAACAAAUAUUUGUGAGUGCCCUUUCUAGGUACUUUUAUAAGCCACAGGGAGGUAAAAGAAAAUCCUUAUGUUGUGUGAUUGGGUGUAGAGAGGUAUUUGGUCUGUUAUACAUUUGAUGAAUUCAAGAAUACAUGAAAAAUAACUUUUUUCAAAGAUUAUCUUAAAGAAAUUAUAAUCAGGAAUACAACAAGACACUCUCCGUAUUUCACCGAAAGCUAAAGAAACUCCUCCUUGUAAUGAGUUUCUGAGACAAAGAUUGAACAUUGAUAAAAACAACAGAAUGUUGGGUGAUUCUUAUAUGGAAACUUUAGAACAUUUGUUCUUGGCUUGUAAUUAUAUUACAUACUUUACAAAAAUAACUUUAAAUUGCCUAAAUUAGAAUGUAAUCAUGUACAAUUUUGAAUUAUAAUGCAGGACGAAAAAAUCUUAUGUACAAUAACCUAAUCAUUAUGGCUAAACAAUGUUUCCUCACAUCCAAAUUUACUGGUACUAAUGCCAGACCACUGUUUUUAGUAUUCAUUGAAUG